AUGAAACCUUUCAACACAAAACUUAUUUUGCACAAUUUACAAAUUGGAAUGAAAACUUCUCAUCAGUUUAUUCACAAUCAUCAAGUGCAUUGGGAAAAUUUCAUUUCAUUUGAAAAACAACAGUUGACCUUCGAAGCUCUAACCACCGUUCUAUGCAACUGGAAGCUUCAAGCUGAUAUUCACGCAAGCGCAAAUUGA